AUGGCAGUGACAAGAAGCUCUUCACGUAUCAGCACCACGUCUGAGACCAAGGCAGAACCAGUGGCCAAGGCAAGAUCGAAUACUAAUACCCGGAAGCGCAAAGCUACCAAAGAUGAGACCCAGGCACCUUCAACGCCCCCAAGGAAGCGUGUACAGGGCAAAACUGCUCCAGCAGCUCCGCCACCGGUAACACCAACGCCAGCUGCUGCAAGAGCUUUUGCUGAGUCUACAAGUUCGACCAAGAAACCUCGUAGUGCGGCGGUUACACGACUUGCAAAUCCCAAGCUGACAAAUGCGACGCUCCUCUCACCAGAGACGUCAAGACUUGUCGCCUCGCGAGAUCUUGAAACCGUCUCGCCCAGCAAGGCGCCUCAGGCCAAAACAACCACCGAUAAUCUGCUGAAAGAGGCAUGCGAUUAUCUGAUUAAAGUUGAUGCGCGCAUGAAGCCUCUAAUUGAGAACCACCAUUGUCGAGCGUUUUCGCCAGAGGGACUAGCAGAGGAGAUUGACCCAUUUGAGAGUCUGUCGAGUUCAAUUAUUGGACAGCAAGUAUCGGGGGCAGCAGCAAAGUCAAUAAAGGGCAAGUUUCUCACGUUAUUUGAACUUCAGCCUGGUUCACGAUUCCCGCAUCCAUCUCAAGUGGCUAUCAAAUCCAUCGAGGAGCUUCGGACUGCGGGACUAUCGCAACGUAAAGCCGAGUACAUCAAAGGGCUCGCAGAGAAGUUUGACAGUGGAGAAUUGAGCACCCAGAUGCUUCAUGAUGCCUCGGAUGAGGAAGUCAUGGAAAAGCUCAUUGCGGUGAGGGGUCUCGGGAAAUGGUCCGUCGAGAUGUUUGCGUGCUUUGCCCUCAAAAGGAUGGACGUAUUUUCGCUCGGCGAUCUGGGCGUUCAGAGAGGAAUGGCCGCCUUUGUUGGACGCGAUGUUGCCAAGCUCAAAGCCAAAGGCGGCGGCAAAUGGAAGUAUAUGUCUGAACAAGAUAUGAUCGAACUGUCAAACAAGUUCUCGCCAUAUCGAAGUCUGUUCAUGUGGUACAUGUGGCGAGUGGAGGAGACAGACAUGUGCAUAAUGGAGCAAUAA